ACUACUGAGAGCGCUGCUUACCUGUGCGCCAAAAAGCCAAUGUUGCCUCAGUUGGACCGUCAGCGAUGAAGAAAAUCAGAUGAAAUAUGAUGAGGAUAUUAUUUUUCUCCGCACGUUUUUCGACGAAAGGAAGAAGCAGCGCAGCUGAACCGAGAUAAAGUUUCUCCAACCAAAGUGCGUGUAUUCCAAAAAGAAAAUAACAGCAGUAGCUCCAAGGACAAACAGGUUUUUUUUGAUGCAUCACCAUCCUACCAUGUGCUAAUCUUCUCAGCAUUACCCAGAGAAUAGUAAACACUUUGAGCGGCGACCCCAUCAGCAGCCUUGCACCUGCACCAGCUUCUCUCAUGGCCCACCCUUACGAGCCUUGGUUACGGACAGCACCACCAAGCGGCAGCCCAGAAGACAUGAACAUCCCCUCCUGGUGGGACCUCCACAGGGACGUCCAAUCAGGGAGCUGGAUAGACCUGCAGACAGGGCAGGGUGUCGGCUUGCCUUCAGUAAAUCCAGGGAGCUCCAUGGGUUUGCAGCACUCUUUGGGGCCCUACGGAUCUGACCCGCAGCUGUGCACCCUGCCUCCAGCUCAACUCGCUCCAGCCUCACACUCAUCUCACCUCUUCACCCAGGAUGGCUUCAAGAUGGAGCCACUGGGCCCUGAAAUGCUGCAGCAAGAACCGUUCUCCCUGGAGGAACCACAGGAGAACGCCGUCUCAGCCCGCCCCAAGCCCCAGCGCCGCUCCUCUUCCAGAGGCGCCGGCCAGGCUGCGUGUCGCUGCCCUAACUGCGUCCAUGCUGAACAGAUGGGCCAGAGCACUGACGACAGCAGGAGGAAGCACAUGCACAACUGUCACAUCCCUGGUUGCGGAAAGGCAUACGCCAAGACCUCCCAUCUGAAGGCUCACCUGCGAUGGCACAGCGGGGACCGUCCGUUUGUCUGCAACUGGCUCUUCUGCGGCAAGAGAUUCACACGCUCUGAUGAACUGCAGCGCCACCUUCAGACACACACUGGUGCUAAGAAGUUCAGCUGCUCAUUAUGCCCCAGAGUGUUUAUGCGUAAUGACCACCUGGCCAAGCACAUGCGCACACACGAGUCCCCACCAGGACAUGGGGAGGAGAGGGUAAAUGGAGACGGGAGGAUGGAUAAGGGCUUUGAUACACCUAAACCUCCUCAGUCCUCCUCAAAUGUGUCUGCGUCUGACACCACAGAGCCUCCGCUGAAGCUGAAAUGUGAGACAGACCCCUCAGUCUCAGGCGUGACAGGGCAGUCCGGCUAAUUUCAUCACUUUCAGAAGAGUUUUAUUGCAGUUAAAGGUGAACAUGUGUUCCCCUCUGUGUCAUUGAGGAGUCAUAGUUUUACAAUAGAAUAGAGAAUAGAAACAAGGGUUGGACAAACUUUCUCUGAGGAAAGUUGGAUGGAACAGAGAGAGUGUUUGUCUGUGGUCCUGUGAAUUUAUCAACUGGGCUAAGUGAUAAUCGAAAUGUUAUAGCACACAGAAAAAAAAAGGAAUUUGACUCAUUCUGUGGAUACAACUUUACUCUGUUGACUUAAAAUGGAAGGUGGCUAAAGAAUUACUGCUUAAGCUACAAAUAUCAGUAGACCAAAAGACUGGGCUGAGAUUACCUGAAGGUGGCUUGUUAACUUGUUUACAAUGAAGUUAAUCAAAUGUGUUACUGGAAGUUUUGGAGAAAUGUUUGACUCCAACACAGUUUAAUAUAACAAUUUCAAGGGCAGCAUGCUUUUGAAUGGAGAAAAGAGACAGUGAUAUUUAUUUUUUGUCUCAAACUAUCACCAUAUGUGUGUGUAGCCUACUGUGCAAGUAGUGAUAAGACACUGGAAUAUAAUACAGCAUUUUAUAAUUUUAAAAAGGUCAAUAGCCAUUUGGAAGGUUGAAGGUUCAUGCCACAAAACUGUGUGUGCUAUUUGUAUGCAAUAAUUUAAAAAGUAGGUAUACAAUAAGUAAAAUAGUAGGUAAAAUUAACAAAAUGUUACAGCUGUAGAGUACAGCUGACAAUAAUGCUGUACUGUAUGCCAUAUUAUUGAUGUAUAAUAUAUAAUAUAGAAAAAUGGGAAUUCCAUCCACUACAAUGGCUCAUAUCUACCAAAGAAUUGUCGGUAGUUAUGAUGGUAAAACACUUAUUAAUGAGAAUAAUCAUACAGUAAUAGAAUGUGAACGUUUUUUUUUUGGUUACCAGAGGGACCACAACAAUGCAAAUGAACAGGAAUUAAGCGUGACGUAAACUCACAAAUCACAAAUAAUUAAACCUAAAAAAUUUAAAUAUUCAGAGCCGCUGAGGACAUAAUGUGAUGCCCUCCACCUCUGGCGCCAAAUGGAUCUUUUUCCUACAAACACGACUCCACAGGUCCAUCACUACAGGCUGCUGGUGCAGCUGAAUGAAACUCAGUUGGUUGUUUACUACAGUGGCCUCUGCAGUCACAAGAUAUAAAGCUGCACUAAUCAGAAUUGUAAUAUUAACCAUGGAAAUAAUGUGCCUGAGUGAUGAACUCUCUACAAGUACACUAUGUUUUCAAGUAAUUGAGAUAAUUCUUUUUGUUUUUCAGGACUGCAACUUUACCGUAUUAGUUUAGUCUCACUGAUGUCAUCAAAACAUUUACACGGUCAAAGUUGUAUAUACAGUUAGUUCUGCUGCCAUCAAGUGGCCAAAAAGAAAAACUGCGUUUGAUAGCCCAAACACGCAACAGAAAAACUGAAAAAGAGCGAUCAUUAAAUUCAGGCCUGAAAAGGUUCAGGCGGUGGUUGAAGCUUUCAUAAUCAAUAAUAUGUGAUCAAUAGUUCUGUAGCAAGCAGUGUGGACAGACUUACAGUUUAAAACACUAUUAGGAUGUAUGUAACCCAUCACAGACACUAGGCUGAGAUUUCUAUAUAUUUAGGGAGCUUGCAUUAUUGGAAGCUCACAAUUUCUGUAUUUAUGUAUAGGAAAUAAGAAAUGGAAGACUGUGCUUAAACAUUAGUCAAUUAUUGUGUAUUGACUAUUUCUAUUAUUUCUAAUAAUAUAAAUAGUCUUUUUAUGUUGGUCAGUAGAAGAAAAUGGACAACUUUGUUUUAAUUUGUUGAUGUAGUGAAUGUUUAGUUGACUGCAAUAAAAUAAGUUCUGAAACCUUUAAUAAGUUAAGUAUCAUAGUGUUAUAACUUGUAUUUAAUCUAUUAUUGUCCUUUAAAUAAAAUAAAAACUAUAUUCUGUU